AAAUUAUUAUAAAGUUUAGCCAACACAAAUGCCGUGUUAACAAUACACCUUCAAAUAUUCUGAAUGUAAUUUAUUAACGUUCUUUUCCCCCUUUCUUUACAGGACAUUUGAUACUUGAUAGAUUUAGCAGAAUUAAAAUAUAACAACGUUGUCGAUUCAUUUAUUAAUAUUUUUAUUUUAUCAUUGUUUAGACUAGUCUAGCCUCUGUCACACUGUCGACUGUGCUGUCACUGUGACUGUGACUAUCAGUGUGUGGUCACCGUGACUGUUUCCAAAGUGGUUUUCAUUAUAAUGGCAGACACCGCCUACGAGAGAAUCUUGUGUGUUAAAAAUGAUGUACAAGUGUAUAGGAUACCACCAAGACCAUCUAACAGAGGAUACAGAGCAGAUGAGUGGAAAUUGGAAUGUCCAGACUGGACAGGACGUUUACGUGUGGUAUCAAAAGGCAAAGAACUUAUAAUAAAAUUGGAAGAUAAAAACAGUGGUGAACUCUUUGCACAGUGUCCCGUUGAUGCAUACCCAGGUAUAGCCGUUGAGUCUGUGAUGGACUCAAGCAGAUAUUUUGUCUUAAGAAUCAAAGAUGAAAGUGGCAGAAGUGCAUUCAUAGGAAUAGGCUUCCAUGACAGAGCAGAUUCAUUUGAUUUGAAUGUAUCUAUUCAAGAUCAUUUUAAGUGGCUGAAGCAGGAGGCAGAGGAAGAAAAAAUAGCCCACACAUUAGAUGCUGGCCCUAAGUUAGAUCUUGGAUUCAAAGAAGGGCAAACAAUUAAACUAAAUUUAGGGACAAAAAAGGGGGAUAAUGCCAAAGCUCGUAAGCCUGCUACUAGUGCUUCUGGUAUAGGUUUGCUGCCGCCUCCACCUGGUGGCUCUAAGUUACCUCCCCCUGUAGCAUCAUCAUUCACAGUGAAACCCCCAGCGCAGCCAAACACAUUCCAGCCUCCACCAACACAAACGCAAGGACUAUUGCUAGAUCUAGGCUUGUCAGAACCCACUCCCAGUCCACAGAGACCUGUCACUGGCCAGAAUCCACCAGAUUUGUGGGGAGACUUUGCCAGUGCCCCUGGAUCCCAGUCUAGUUCCUCCAACAGCAGUAGUAGUGAUUGGGUUCAGUUUUGAUCACAUUUGUAUAUGAUUUGUAUGUAUGUACUUGUUAGUUAUCAGCUGCUGUCUCAUCCUCAACUUUAGGUAGGGAAUAACAUCUUUAUGGAAUUAUGUACUUUACUUUGUUAGGAAGUCAUUUAACCAUAAAGUUUCUAUGUAUUUCAAACACCAUUUUCUUGUGUUGUUAAUUAGACUAUAGUUAUGCGGACAAUUGUGCUAUUGACGGAAAUUGUAUACGUAUAUUUGAAUUGUUAAACAUUGUGUGGAAUUUAUUGUUGCUGUUUUUUUGUAGUCUCUAUGUUUAGUAUGUAGUUGAGAUGAUUCAACAACCUUUGAAUGGUAGCCUAUUAGCCACAAAUCUAUCCAAUAUUAUUCAAAUGCUGAAUAUCUUGAACAAACUAUAUCAACAAAUAUGUAUACUCAUUAUAAAGUUGUUUUAUUAGAGUGUAGAAGAAAGGGACAAGAACUUUAUUUAUUAACAGAAUACAAGCAAGUGGGUCAUAUGAUAAACAAAUUACUUCUUGAAAUUUGAAGUUUAAACUAGUAAUCGAAAUUGUUACUUAUAGAAUGUGAACAUUUUUUUAAACUUUACUGUAUGAAAACAAAUUUUGACUUGACCUCUUAGUGUCCACUAUACCAUAAUGAACAUCUAUUUAGUUAAACAAUCAAAAGAUUGAAUACUUGGUUUUUAGUUGCUGAAAACUGAAAACAUACUGCCCCCCCCAAAAAUGAAAAAAACAAAUGACAAGGAAUUAUUAUAUCUCUUUAACAAAACAUUUGUGUAUUUUUUUAUUUUUUUUUCUGUCCAUUUUAUUUUGGCUUCUUACACUUUUAUUUCCCUGUCAGACUGCAAGAUUAUGAAACAUAAUCCUUUAAGGCAUCUUUUCUCAAAGUUUUACUGGUAGUGACCCACCCCUGUUCCCAUUGAAACAAAACGUGUAUUUGCCCCCUUUAGCAAACUGCUGACCUGGGGAAGUGCUGUUGGCUUUUACAGUGGUGUCCAGGAGGGUUUUUAGAAUGUAAUAAAAGAGAAAAGAAAAUUUAAGACAUAUAAUUUUAACACAAUUUUCCUGUUUUAUUUUGCAUAAAUAUGUACAAAAUCCAAAUUUCAGUUUAGUUGGGUUCCUUUUUUUUUCCCGGAAAUAGUUUUCCUUAGAUAAUUUCUAAGUGUUUGCUAUACUAAAAAAUGCCUUUUUCUUAUAUUAAGAAGUGUGGAUGUCAGAGAAAAAGUAGACAGUAAGAAAAAUGAAUUGAAUAGAUGUUCAGUAUUGAAGUGUUUUCUUGCAAUCAGACUGCGCUAUUCAUCGCAGUUUAAAAAAAGUCAGUGGUCAACUUGAAUUUAUUUAAGAAGAAUGCAGCACUGGCCAAUGGACUACUAUUAAGUGAGGGACAUUCCAGGAACACAGCGCAUGUUGGUCUGUAAUAUUGUGUUGUCAUAAGGUCAUCUUCAUGUUAAGUCAUUUGCCGCAGACUUUUUAAAAAUUUCGUUGUCACAAAAGUUGUCAACAAAACGAUGUACAACAGUCAGAAGAAUUUUGAUCUUUCUUACACAAGAAGGUUGAGAAGAAUACUUUAACAGAAACAUUUUGAAAUGUCUUCUGCAAAUAUUUUUUAGUUGAGAUUUUUGCAAAUGCCUCAAGAGAAAAUGAAAUUGGCCUACAUUUUAAAAUAACUUCAACUUUAAAUAUUUAAUUUAUAAACAUUGGUAAUUAUGUCUUUUUUUUUCUUUGUUCAUAUUCGAACAUUGAUUGAUAACUACAAAAUGAAAAUACAACUUUUUUUUGCCCCUUGAAAUGGUUUUAGAACCACCCCCCCUCCCACGUUAGGAUGUUGCUCUUCCCUUAAGAGGAUGUCCAGGAGUGGGCCCACAGUUUGACAAACCAUACUUUUAUAUUUAUUACCUUUCCUCUUCAAGCCUAAAAAUGUUUAUAGGAAAUAUGCUUUGUUUUUUUUAUGUUUCCUAAAGGUAAACUUUCAUUGGAGUCAUACACGAAGGAGUAAAGUGCAAUAAUCCCUUGUGUAAAGAUAAGAUGACUAUGUUUCAUUGCUUCAUUAAACAUAACCUGUGUUACUUACAAACAAAAUAGUACUUCAAAUGUAUAACUUAAUGAAUAGACUAAUGAAAACCAUAAUAGAUCAGAAGUUGAUACUAGAAACUCUCUCUAAACAUAAUUUCAUCCUUAACUUGGUUGUGGUCUAGUAGGAUACAGACUAGAGGCUCACACAUGUUUGUUUAUUUAUUUUUUUAUGAUCAACAAAUAUGUCGUUUUGUAUAAAAUGUUAAUCUGUAAUCUGACUCAUUUGUUAUUAAAAUAAUUGUUAACUUGUUUUCUCAUGUCCAUUGUAGCCUACCAUUUUGAACAUCGUUGUAAUUUUUGUCCUUGUUUGAAUCUGUUCCUUUUGUUGAAAGUGAUGAAAAAAUGUAUGUCACAUGUGCCAUUUCUUUUCCUGUUGUUUCAAGGGUAUGCUGGGGUUCCUAUAUUUACAUUACCUUUUUUUUUUGUGUGUGUGGGGCAAUGUUUACCUUUUGAUUUACUCAUUACUUUCGACCUACCAUGUGAUGUCAUUCUUGACUUUUGUGUCACGGUACACAAAAAUUCCAUUGAGUCAGGGAUCACUUUUUGUCCUCAACGUUUUUAUUUUUAAUUAUUUUUUUUUUAAUUUGUGUGAAAAUUGUUUGAUGCUCUGAAUAGUUAAACGUGGACAGUCAAUGUGCUGUGUUAUCUGACAAAAUCAGCCUCUUGGUGUACCAAACUGUAAAAAUAGUAAUUAGGACUAACAGUGGUUAAAACAGGAACAUCAAAAAAAUGUUGUUUUUUUUAGAUAGAAAUAAAUAGUUUUACUCUAAUUGUCGUUUGUUUAAUUUCUGCCUUUUCCCCUAUUCUAAUGGUACAGCCAACCUUGUUAGAAACCCAGGUUAAAUAACUAAGAUGGUUGUAGCUGAUGAAUGGCUUUACUUCUGUUGGCUUGACAUCUUUUCCCAUGGAUGAAGGUUGUCUAAAAAAAUCACUGUAAGGAUGCCAUGAUGGUCCAUGAUAAGUUAAUGAUAUAGUCAGCUAAGCACACUUAUUUCAGUAUCCAUCUUGAUGGAGCACAGUCUCACAACAAGCUACCAAUAACAGUAAAUAGUUAGGACUACGACUCAUUUGAAUGUAUGUUUUAUGCAUCUAGUAAAUUGCAU